AUGCUGUUCCUGCAGUUGCUGAGUCUGCUAGUUGCGCCUGCCCAGAUACUGGGGCAUAAGGCCUAUCCUGACCGUAUCGCCGGCGCUGACGGCACUGGCACAAGCAAAUGCCCGUCUUCCGAUGAGAACCUCCACGACAAGCAGUAUGCCCUGAAACUCGGCAGGAGGGUUAGCAAUGCCACUCCGCCGCCGCUUGAAAUCGAACCUCUAAUCGUUUCCGGUGCGAUCACUAACCGCGCCGACCUAGUGUUCUUCUCCGAUGGCUAUUUGCCAGAGGAGCGUGGCAAAUUUAUUGAUGAUGCUAUGCGUCUUGCCCAAGAUAUCUCCGCAAAUCAGACAUUUUACACCGUCAAGCCAUUGUUGAAUUUCUGGGCUGCAUUCUCGCCCAGCAACGAGAGUGGUAUCGGCGUAGGGGGGAAGCCAAAGGACACGCCCUUCGGGCUCUAUCGCGACGGCACUGAGCUUCGUGCAGUGUACUACUCAAAGGAAGACGUCGCUUUGGCCGCCUGCGGCUCGCUGGGCGAUCAAUGCGACUACGCGAUUCUCCUCGGCAACGAUCCAUUGUACGGAGGAUUAGGCGGACAGUUCACCGUUAUCACUUCUUCUCUCGCCAACGGGCCGCUCGUCCUCCGCCAUGAACUUGGGCACUCCAUUAUCGAAGUAGGCGAAGAAUAUGAUGGCGGUUUCGCAUAUUUCGGUCCCAACGCUGCUGAUACCGCCGACGAGCCGCUUCCGUGGGCACACUGGCUAACCAAACCAGAAGCAAACGGCACGGCCCGCCCAGAGCGCUCUGUCAUGCCCUUCCAAGUUUACCCAUGGACCAUUCUCAACACCACAGCGCCGUGGGUUCUGAACUUUACUUCCUCAGGAUCAUUUUCCAGACAUUUGAUACGUUUCUCUUUGUCUGGCUUACCGGAAGCGAGUGAUUUGAAAGUUGAGCUUGAUGGCAUCGAUUUGGGCUGGGUGCCGAAAGAAGAUAUCGGCGUCGACCGGUGGCAUUAUGACAUCUAUCGAGAUGAACCGUUAUCGGGUGGUACACAUCAAGUAGCAUUCACUCUUGUCAACAAGGAUAGGGAGGGCGUUGCACAGCUAUGCAGCGCCGAAGGUUUAGAAUUUGGGAACGAAGACGAAUUCAACGCCACACCCGGAUUUUAUGGGGCCUUUCCUACAUAUUCUGACCAAAACCGAACGAGCUACCGACCCACGAACGAGGACUGCCUCAUGCGUGUGGUGACUGCUACGAACUUCUGCAAGGCCUGCAUCGAGGGGCUAUGGCUUGCCCUCCUUCAAGAUAUCAAUCUCAUCGAUAACACCACACAAGCCUGCGUCACCGCCGAUAAUGGAACAUUCAUAACCUUGGGCGUGCAGUUGGUUCCUGUCGGGCAAUUUAGAGAAGCACCUUCACCAACGGCAGAAACCUACGAGAUCAUGUGGCAAAAAGAUGGCCGUAUUCUAGAAAGCUUUACGAACAAGACAUCAGUUCGCCUUGAUGACUCCAGUGACGCCCUGGGGAACUAUAGUGUUGCAGUCCGAUUCAUCACGGAGGAAGUGCGCGUAGAUCCAAAGGAACAUCUGCGUGAUACAGCAAAUUUCGAGGUGACGAAAAAGUGUGGCGCGUGA